CUUUAGUACGAAUGUGAUAUUACUCGCGACUAGUAAAUAAAUAAAUCAAAUAUAAUUUAUAAACGAACUUGAUAACGUCAUUACGAUAAGCUGUUAUUAUUAUUUAGGAAUUAUUUGCUAGUUUAAACAUGACAACCAAAGCCAGAGUAUGGGGAACAUUAUGCAACGGUGAAUACGAAAUUAUAACUUUGGAAGAUGAUGACGUUGAUGAAGCAUUGCAAGUUCUUGAAGCUUUUUUCGCCAACGAAUGUGUUUGCAUUGGUACUGAAAUAAAUCUCCCAGAAAAUGCUCAAGCUCGUAAGGAUCUUACCGAACUAUGUAAAAUCGUAAACGAAGAUAAUGUAUCCUUGGUUGCCAGACAUGUGCCUUCAAAUAAAAUUGCAGGGGUUUCAUUUAACAAACUUCAAUUCAUUGACGAGACAGUGGAAGUUCCAUUUUUUGUUGAGUUCCGAGACAACAGCUGUGCAUCGGAAAACGCCAAAGCUCUAAUGUCAUACAUGAUAGAGAUGGAUGAAGAAAUCGAUCCAUUUGAACUGUUCAAAAUCGAUUGUCUCUUGGAGUUAAUGUUUCUUGUUGUCCUGCCAGAGUUCGGAAGGAAAGGCCUAGGAAGUGCUCUUACCAAACACUCAAUAGAUCUAGCUCGGGAGCUCAACCAGAAUAUUGGUGUGAAUAAGAUUGCCAAACAUCUACAAAACAAAAGACCAAAGGCUGUAACUGCACUAUUUACUUCUAAUUUUUCGCAAAAAUGUGGUAAAGCCAAUAAUUUUCAAGUCCUUAAUCGUGUUCCGUACAAGAGAUUUAUUUUUGAUGGGAAACCAUUUAGUCAUCGCAUUGGUCCAAUGCACCCUGAUAGCGCACAAGUUGCAUUACUUUUAUAAGACAUAU